AAGUGGACAACCUAUCGUUCUAUGGCUGAGGAGACUCUUGACGCAGCUAUUAAGGCUCAUAACCUCUCAGCCGGUCCCAGCAGGACGGUCGGUCUGAUGCUGGAUGGUGGGAAGGACUGGACCCCCACCCUGUACAUUCGCUUGGUUCAAGACUACGGCUUGGAAAACGAGGUUGCUCAGCACCUGGCAGCCACCUAUGGAGGAAGAGCAUUUGAAGUGGCCAAAAUGGCCCAGGUGACAGGCAAGAGAUGGCCUAUAGUGGGUAAACGCCUUGUGUCUGAAUUUCCCUACAUAGAGAGUGAGGUGCAGUAUGCUGUAAAGGAGUACGCAUGUACAGCCAUCGAUGUGAUUGCUCGCCGAACUCGACUGGGCUUUCUGAACGUGCAGGCUGCGGAUGAGGCUUUGCCACGUAUUGUUGAGAUCAUGGGCAACGAACUGCAGUGGACUGAGCAAAAAAAGAAAGAAGAGCUGGAGGCAGCAAAGAAGUAUCUGCACCUGGAGAUGGGUUAUAAAGCUCGCUCUGAGCAGCUCAGCAAGACAACAGAGAUCUCACUCACUGCCCCAGAGAUAGCAAGGUAUAAGAAGCGCUUUUACAAGUUUGAUAAGGAGAGUAAAGGCUUUAUCACAACAGUGGAUGUCCAGCAAGUGCUAGAGAAACUCAGCAUUCAGAUUGAUGAGAACGCCCUUCAUGAGAUCCUCAACGAGGUGGACCUCAACAAAAACGGGCAGGUGGAACUGGAUGAGUUCUUGCAGCUCAUGAGUGCAGUCCAGAGAGGCCAAAUCUCUGACAGUCGUCUGGCUAUCCUGAUGAAGACGGUCGAAGAGGGGUUGGAUCUGAGAGGACCGGUCUCGGUUGACCGCAGUGGAGGCGGUGUUUGAAUCCCAACUAACCAAAACAUCCACCAGACAACGGCUCCCACCACAAAGUUGGAUAAACACCAAAAGGUGCUGACCGCUGUGCCCACGCUGGUCAGAUCACAAGCACAUCCUUUCAAGUCAUUAACUCACCCAACCAGCUGGCUGCCAUUGACUACAAUCGUUUUUCUUUUUAAUUUUUGUUUUAGCAUGCUUAUUUAAAUUGAUUUUAAUGAAAAAAAUCUUAUUAUUAGAGCAGAAUAUAUUCUUUAAAAUUAUUUCAAAGCGUAUUCUAGAGUCUAUAUUUUUAUCUAAUGUAUGCAGUGCCAUGUUGUGUGACCUGGUAAGCAUGAAUAGGUUGUCUCUUUAAUGUUUCUGUGAGCAGCUUUAUCCAGUGUGCUUUCUGUUGUGCCAUUUUAUUAAUGCAGAUUAUUUGCUACUGAAGGCAGUGAGGUGAAAUUCAAGGGCUCUCAGUGUCUUCUGAGCUAAACAAAUGCACUAUAUGCGAAUUACGCAGUUUUACACUGCAUACUGCUUAAUUGUUACUGUUCUGAAUUACAGUGAUGAAAUGUGUUGUGUUUUUGUUGUUGUAUUAUUUUAAUAAUUUCAAAUAAUUUAAUUUUCUGAAAAAAGUAUUUAUUCAAAAUCUAUAAUUUCCUUCAUACUUUUGAUAAAUCCCGUCUUGUUUUUAAUUAAUGUGAUUAUGUUGAAAGUAUACAAUUGUAUUACUGUAAACAGAUUAGUUAUUUUGUUGUUUUCAGUGUUUUUAGACUUCGCAUUGGCUCUGGUUCAACAGGAGGGUUUUACAAAUUAUAAUGAAAUGUAAGAGCUCUUGUCUGAAUGUUGAACAUUUUGAGCCCUUGUUCAAAUUCAUGAACAAUUGAAACUCCACUUCGGUGUGUUUGCUAUAAAGCCUUGCCUCUAAAAGUAAUUGAUUAUCCAUUUGUCAUGAAAUAAUAAGGGAAUAUUAUAACUGUAAACUUGAUGUAGAGCAUAGCAGGGAAUGUACUCAAUGUGCCUUGCUUCUUAAAGGGAUAGUUCAUUCAAAAAUGAAAAUUCUGUCAUCAUUUACUAACACU